AUGGCUCCCGUCGCCACCGGCAACGCAAACACCCGCCAGGUUCGUUUCGUUGACAAGCUCAACACCGAGCACGCCCCCGUACACGAAGAGGCCAUCUCUUCCGACACCCUCGACGUCAGCGGCUAUGAUGAGGUAGAGCGCUCCACCUCGCUCUGGGCCGGCUCUAUGCCCGCUGCCCAGGGUCUCUACGACCCGGACAACGAGAAGGACGCCUGCGGUGUCGGUUUCAUGUGCCAGAUCAAGGGCAAGCCUGCGCACAAGAUCGUCUCCGACGCUCGCUUCCUCCUCUGCAACAUGACCCACCGUGGUGCCGUCGGUGCCGACGCCCGUGAUGGUGACGGUGCCGGUGUCAUGACUGGCAUUCCCGACACCUUCUUCCGCCGCGAGACUGAGCGCGAUCUCGGCGUCAAGCUUCCUGCCCAGGGCCAGUACGCCGUCGGUAACUUGUUCUUCAACCCCAAGGACGACAAGGCACGCGCCGAACACAUCGCUACCUUCACCGACAUCGCAGACAAGCUCCACCUCCGCGUGCUCGGAUGGCGUGAUGUCCCCGUCGACAACUCGAUCCUCGGCCCUGCUUCCAAGAGCAAGGAGCCCAAGAUCAUGCAGCCUUUCGUCGUGCUCAAGGACCACUACGGCUCGGGUUCCACCCCGGCCGAGACUACCAAGGCCUUCGACGAGCAGUACUUUGGGCGCCAGCUCUACGUGCUCCGCAAGCACGCCACCCACACCAUCGGUCUCCAGAACUGGUUCUACAUCUGCUCGCUCAGCCCCACCAACAUCAUCUACAAGGGUCAGCUCAGCCCGGUCCAGGUGUACAACUACUACUACGAUCUCAACAACGUCCACUACGCCUCGCACUUUGCUCUCGUCCACUCGCGUUUCUCCACCAACACCUUCCCUUCCUGGGACCGUGCUCAGCCCAUGCGAUGGGCUGCCCACAAUGGUGAGAUCAACACAAUCCGUGGUAACAAGAACUGGAUGCGUGCUCGUGAGGGUCUUCUCAAGUCCGAGACCUUCGGCGACGAGCUCGACAUGCUCUACCCGAUCAUCGAGGGCGGUGGAUCCGACUCGGCCGCUUUCGACAACGUGCUCGAGCUUCUCGUCAUCAACAACGUGCUUACUCUUCCUCAGGCCGUCAUGAUGAUGAUCCCCGAGGCUUGGCAGGGCGACAGCAGCCACAUGGAGCCAGAGAAGGUCGCCUUCUAUCAGUGGGCCGCCUGUCUCAUGGAGCCAUGGGAUGGUCCUGCCCUCUUCACCUUCGCCGACGGUCGCUACUGUGGUGCCAACCUGGACCGAAACGGUCUGCGACCCUGCCGAUACUACAUCACCGACGACGACAUCAUGAUUUGCGCCUCGGAGGUCGGUACCGUCACGAUCGACCCCAAGACCGUCAUCUCCAAGGGUCGUCUCCAGCCCGGUAAGAUGCUCCUCGUCGACACUGUCGAGGGCCGUGUCGUUGAAGACAAGGAGCUGAAGAUGACCACCGCUCAGCGUGCCGACUUUGCCGCUUGGCUCGAGAACCAGCUGCUGCGCUUGCCCGAGAUCGUUGACACCGUUCGUCGCAACACGGGCAACGCCAUCGCCCCCGUCCUCGACGGAGAGCGUCUCAGCACCGACCCCAAGCUCCUCGCUUUCGGUUACACUGCCGAGCAGAUCAACCUCCUCAUGCUCCCCAUGGUUGCUGAAGGAAAGGAGGCGCUCGGAUCCAUGGGUAACGACGCUCCGCUCGCCUGCAUCUCGACCGCACCCCGUGUCAUCUACGACUACUUCCGCCAGCUCUUUGCUCAGGUCACGAACCCUCCCAUCGACCCAAUCCGAGAGGCCGUUGUCAUGUCGCUCGAGCAGUACGUUGGUCCUGAGGGCAAUCUGCUCGAGAUGAGGCCUGAGCAGUGCCACCGUCUCCUCCUGCCCUCGCCCAUUCUCAGCAUCGACCAGCUCAACGCCAUCAAGCAGAUCGACACCGUUCACUCCGACUGGACUGCCAAGACCAUCGAUAUCACUUACGAUAAGGGUGAGGGCAUCAUUGGCUAUGAGCGUACCCUCGACCGCAUCUGCACCGAGACAUCGCAGGCCAUCCGCGACGGUUCCCGCGUUGUCAUUCUUUCCGACCGCGCUGUGGGCCCCGACCGCGUCGCCAUCUCGUCGCUCAUUGCUUGUGGUGGUGUCCACCACCACCUCAUCCGCAACAAGGAGCGUAGCCGCAUUGCCCUCAUGAUCGAGUCAGCUGAGGCUCGUGAGGUGCACCACAUGUGUGUCCUCCUUGGUUACGGUGCCGACGCCAUCUGCCCCUGGCUCGCCAUGGAGGCCAUCCUCAAGGUCUCCCGCGAGGGCCUUGUCAAGGCUGACCUUUCGCCCAAUCAGCUCAUCGACAACUGGACACACGCUGUCGACAACGGUAUUCUGAAGGUUAUGUCUAAGAUGGGUAUCUCGACCCUCGCCUCGUACAAGGGUGCUCAGAUCUUUGAGGCUCUUGGUCUCGCCAGUGGCGUUGUCGACCGCUGCUUCGCAGGUACCGCUUCGCGUGUCUCUGGUUCCGACUUUACCUUGCUCGCCAUGGACGCUCUCGAAUUCCACGACAGAGGCUACCCCUCGCGUGACACCAUUUCGAUCCCCGGUCUGCCUGAAUCCGGCGAGUACCACUACCGUGACGGUGGUGAGGCUCACAUCAACGACCCCAUGGCCAUCGCUCAUCUCCAGGAUGCCGCUCGAGAGCGCAACCAGGCCGCUUACGACGCCUACUCGAAGGCUUCGCACAACGCCGUCAAGGCCACCUCGCUGCGCGGUCUGCUUGACUUCAACUAUACCAAGUCGCGUGCCAUCCCCAUCGACCAGGUCGAGCCCUGGACCGAGAUCGUCCAGCGAUUCUGCACCGGUGCCAUGUCGUACGGCUCCAUCUCGAUGGAGGCCCACUCGGCUCUCGCCAUCGCCAUGAACCGUCUCGGCGGUAAGUCCAACACGGGUGAAGGUGGUGAGGACGCUGAACGUUCCAUCCCUCUCCCCAACGGCGACUCGCUCCGAUCCAAAAUCAAGCAGAUCGCCUCGGGUCGAUUUGGUGUCACCAGCAACUACCUCGCCGACUCGGACGAGCUCCAGAUCAAGAUGGCUCAGGGGGCUAAGCCCGGUGAGGGUGGUGAGCUGCCAGGCCACAAGGUCUCGCCUUCCAUCGCCCGCACUCGUCACUCGACUGCCGGUGUCGGUCUGAUCUCGCCCCCUCCCCACCACGACAUUUACUCGAUCGAGGAUCUGAAGCAGCUCAUCUACGAUCUCAAGUGCGCUAACCCACGUGCCCGUAUCAGUGUCAAGCUCGUUUCCGAGGUUGGUGUCGGUAUCGUCGCCUCGGGUGUCGCCAAGGCCAAGGCCGACCACAUCCUCGUCUCGGGACACGAUGGUGGUACCGGUGCCUCGCGAUGGACCGGUAUCAAGUACGCCGGUCUCCCCUGGGAGCUUGGUCUUGCCGAGACUCACCAGACUCUGGUGCUCAACGACCUUCGUGGACGUGUUACUGUCCAAACCGACGGUCAGAUCCGUACUGGUCGCGACAUUGCUAUCGCCUGCCUUCUCGGCGCCGAGGAGUGGGGCUUCGCCACUACUCCUUUGAUCGCUCUAGGCUGCAUCAUGAUGCGGUUCGUACAAAACUUUGACCCUAUCUCCGCUCAGGAUGACAUCGAUCCCGAACUCCGCGAGAAGUUCGCCGGCCAGCCGGAGUCGGUCAUCAACUUCUUCUACUACCUCGCCGAGGAGCUGCGAUCGAUCAUGGCCAAGCUUGGAUUGCGCACCAUCAACGAGAUGGUUGGCCGAUCCGACCUGCUCAAGGUCGACGACAGUCUCCGCACUCCCAAGACUGCCAACCUCGACUUGAGCGCCCUUCUCAAGCCCGCCCACGAGAUGCGUCCCGGUGCUGCCACCUACAAGGUGCGCCAGCAAGACCACAAGCUCUACAUUCGUCUCGACAACAAGUUCAUCGACGAGGCCGAGCCUGCCCUUACCCAAGGCCUGCCUGUGCAAAUCGAGUGCGACGUUGUCAACACCGACCGAGCUCUUGGUACCACGCUCUCCUACCGUGUAUCGAAGUUGUACGGAGAGGAAGGCCUUCCUCGCGACACGAUUCAUAUCAACGCUAAGGGUUCUGCUGGUCAGUCGCUGGGUGCCUUCCUGGCUCCUGGUAUCACCAUCGAGCUCGAGGGCGACAGUAACGACUACGCCGGAAAGGGUCUGUCGGGAGGUCGCCUCAUCGUGUACCCCCCCAAGGUUUCUUCGUUCAAGGCUGAGGAGAACAUCAUCGUCGGCAACACAGUCCUUUUUGGCGCUAUUUCGGGACACGCAUACUUCCGUGGUAUCGCUGCAGAGCGUUUCGCUGUUCGUAACUCCGGAGCUCACGCCGUUGUUGAAGGCGUCGGCGACCACGGGUGCGAGUACAUGACCGGCGGAAGAGUUGUUAUUCUCGGUAGCACAGGCCGCAACUUUGCUGCUGGUAUGUCUGGUGGUAUCGCGUACGUUCUCGACAUGAACCGCGAUUUCCACAGCAAGUGCAACACCGAGAUGGUUGAACUUGGCCCUGUGAAGGACCCCAAGGAGAUCGCCGAGCUUCGCAACCUGAUCGAGAACCACCGCCACUACACUGGCUCUACCGUUGCUGACCACGUUCUGCACGACUUCCACCACGUCCUUCCUCGCUUUGUCCGCGUUAUGCCCAACGACUACAAGCGCGUGCUCGAGGAGGAAGCUGCCAAGGCCGCCGUCGAGAAGAAGCGCUCGAGCCACGUCGACUUGCUCGGCACUCUCUCGCGCCACGGUAGCCAGGUCGAGAUCUCCGUGUCGGAGGAUGCUCCCAAGGACAACGCUGCGGAUGGUGUCCGCGAAAUCCCUGCCGCCAAGCCCGCUGAGCCUGCCGUUGUCGAUGUCGAGGACUCGAUGGUCGACGACGAGACUGCCAAGGCCAGGCUCAACAAGCUCGACAAGACUCGCGGCUUCAUGAAGUACAAGCGUCUCGGCGAGCACUACCGCAACCCCACCAAGCGUGUCAAGGACUACAAGGAGCUCUCGACCCGUCUCACCGAGUCUGAGCUCAAGUAUCAGACCGCUCGUUGCAUGGACUGUGGUGUUCCCUUCUGCCAGGGUGACACGGGUUGCCCCAUCUCCAACAUCAUUCCCAAGUGGAACGACCUCGUUUUCAAGGGUCAGUGGGAGGAUGCGCUCAACCGUCUCCUCAUGACCAACAACUUCCCCGAGUUCACUGGUCGUGUCUGCCCCGCUCCCUGUGAGGGCGCCUGUGUGCUUGGUAUCACCGAGCAGCCCGUUGGCAUCAAGACGAUCGAGUGCGCCAUCAUCGACAAGGGCUUCGAGGAGGGCUGGAUGGCUCCUCGCCCUCCCAAGGUUCGCACUGGCAAGACCGUUGCUAUCAUCGGAUCCGGUCCCGCCGGUAUGUCUGCCGCCGACCAGCUCAACAAGGCUGGUCACUCGGUCACUGUCUACGAGCGAGCCGACCGAAUCGGCGGUCUGCUCAUGUACGGUAUCCCCAACAUGAAGCUCGACAAGGGUGUUGUUCAGCGUCGCGUCGACCUCAUGGCUGCCGAGGGUGUCAACUUUGUCACCGGCACUCAUGUUGGUCGCGACGUUGACCCCAAGCAGCUCCACGCCCAGAACGACGCCGUGAUUUACGCUGUCGGUGCCACCUGGCCGCGUGACCUCAAGGUGCCCGGUCGUGAGGCCGAUGGUGUCCACUUCGCCAUGGACUUCCUCGCUCCCAACACCAAGUCGCUUCUCGACUCUGGCCUGCAGGAUGGCCACUACCUCAGCGCCAAGGGCAAGGACGUCAUUGUCAUCGGUGGUGGUGACACCGGUUGUGACGCUCAGGCCACCGCUCUCCGUCACGGUGCCAAGAGCAUUGUCAACUUCGAGUUGCUGCCCCAGCCUCCCAACGAGCGAGCCAAGGGCAACCCCUGGCCUCAGUUCCCCCGUGUCUUCAAGGUCGACUACGGUCACGCCGAGGUGGCUGCUCAGUGGGGUUCGGACCCGCGUGAGUACUGCAUCUCGACCACGUCGUUCGAGAAGGACGCUGAGGGCAACCUGGUUGCGCUCAACACGAUCAAGGUCAACUGGGAGCUCGACGCUUCUGGCAAGUGGCAGAUGAACAAGAUCCCUGGAUCCGAGAAGCGAUGGCCCUGCGACCUCUGCUUGCUCUCGCUCGGUUUCCUUGGACCCGAGAACGAUGCCAUCUCGGCACUCGGUCUGGAGCAGGACGGCCGCUCCAACAUCAAAGCUGACGACCAGAAGGGCAAGUCGCCUUACAAGACCAACGUUGAGCGCGUCUACACCGCCGGUGACUGCCGACGUGGUCAGUCGCUCAUCGUCUGGGGUAUUCAGGAGGGCCGUGCUUGCGCCGCCCAGGUCGACAGGGACCUCAUGGGCAACACUCGUCUCCCAUGGGCCGGUUCCAUCAAGAAGCGCGAGUUCCUCCCCAUCGCUGGUGCUGAAAAGACAAAGGUCGCUGCUACCGCCUAA